AUAAUCGCAGUUAUAUAAGUCAAAUGAAGAAUUUCCAAAGCCACCACAACGAAGUUUUGUUGGACACGUUUUAUUCAACUCACUCACAUGCCGUUAUCAUCAUCAUCCAUCCUUGCGUGAAGAAAUCAAUGUGUGAAGGGACGCAGGAACCACCCAUAGACGCCAGGAGAUGGCGGUCCGAUCAAUCAACCGGUUGAGAAAGGUCCACGUGGCACGCAGCACCUGACGUAUGUUCGUGAGUGAAGCGAUUGGAACCGUCGGACAGAGCAGCGGUUCCGUCUACUCGCGAUCUCCACUGUUAAAUCAGUCAAGAUCAAGCUUCUCCUCUGUUGCUGCGUCGCCCUCACGCUUCUCGCCUUCUCCGCGAGCGCUUCUUCCUUCGUCCUAUGGAACAACCAAAAGCCUCUUCCCCCUCGCUUCUCCGAUUCCAGAUACUCAGGUGCUGGAUUUUGUUGAUCGAGUUCAAAAGUUAAGAUCUUGAUUUUGAGAAUAGCAACUAUUCAACUAUUGGGAUACUUAGUUUCAUCAAAAUGAGGAGGCGUCAAGUUUUGAAACAUUCAAUUGCUCUUGUAAGCAUGUUGGUGUGUGUCUGCUGUUUUUUUAUCGUGACCAUGACUGUUCUCAAGCUUCCAGACGCCCCAAUAAAGGAAAGUGCAAUGGGGUUUUACCCAAUAACGAGAUCCAGAAAAGUUUUAAUUCAAGAUGGCAACUUGUGCAAGUUUGGAGAAAUGAUGAUUGACAUGUUGCCUCGAGAUCAUGCUUUUACUGUGUUUGUUCCAUCCGAGGAAGCGUUUAAGCGAGAUCUACGUCUGUCAGUGAACGAUGCUUUGAAAUCGGACAGGUUUAAUGAUACUUAUGCGAUUUUAACUCGUAUAUUGGGAUUUUCAACUGUCCCUCGUGCACUUCUUUCCUCUAAUGUGAAAUUGGGUGAGCUUGUGAACUAUGAUUCGUUAUCUGGGUUUCCCUUGUACAUUUCAAAAGAUAUCGACGAAAUGCUUGUUGUUAACAGGAUUCGAUCAGAAAUAGUAGAUGUUAGAAAAAACGAGAUUGUUGUGCAUCUCAUGGAUGGGAUUAUAAUGGAUGCUGAAUUUGAGCAAUCAGUUCUAUCUGACAAUGAUACAGAUGAGGAUUGAAAGUAUAUGGGAGAUGCUGAAUUAGUAAUUGUUGGAAAUAACAAUGUCCCUGGAACUCCAAGAAUCAUAGCCUUGGCUGAACUUGUUGUAUUACCAACAUCAAUUAUAAGGAUGAAUACACUCUAAAAUUAUUAUUAGCAACGUGAAGGAUACAAAAGUGUAGCACAAAGACCUUCUGGCUUUUCUUAGUGCCGUUCUUCAUUCAUAUAAACUGUCAGUGCCAUUCUUCCCUCGUAAUAAACUGUCAAUUCCAAUGUCGAUUUAGUUUAAAGAAUCACUUCCAACUCCUUUUGACUUCUCCCUGCAGAUUUGGAUUUCUUUAUUCUUCUUUUCAAAAUGUUGAUCAAUGCGAUUCCACCAUAUGUAUAAUAUUUUUUGAAGGAAGAUUUCUAAUAGUUAACU